AUGACAAAACGGGCCAGCCUUUGCUUUUGAGGACUUUCCUACCUGGACCCUCUUCCUGCUUGUCCCAAAGUCCUCCUUGAGAUGCAACAUCAGAAAGCAAAGCACCUAAACUGAGAGAGAGAGAGAGAGAGAUGGGAAGCGAGGCAGAGGCAGUGGGAAGCUUGACACCGAAGCUACCACUCUUCUCAGUCCCACUGAUGCAGUCAACGGAGCCUUCAGGCAUGCUAACCCCGCCACUCCAUAGCUCAGCCUCGGUCCCAUUUCGCUGGGAAGAAGAACCAGGCAAACCCAGGCCCUGCACCGCUCUCGCCACCGUCACUGACGUCUUUGCCACCAAGUGCUUGGAGCUGCCUCCAAGGCUGCUGACGACGUCGGAUACAAGACUGCCUUCGCCCACCACGGUCUUGGAGGGUCCUUACGUGGGCAGGUCUAAAUUUCAGUCUUCUUCGUUUAGAAUCAGCAGGGAGUGCUAUGGAUCUUUUAGUCACGAGAGAGCCCAGCUUGGGGCUCCGGCUUCGGCUCCUAGCAAGAGAGGUUGGCUUGGUUCUUGGGGCAGGAGGGCUUUCAAAAGUAAAAAAGAGGUUGGAGGGUGUAGUCAUGUCUUCCCAUCUUCCGUUGAUAAAGAGAGUGAUUGUGGUAGUGCCGGAGAGAGCAACAGUAAAAAGGGGAAGAUGACCAGGAUUAGAAGGGCAGGCAGCUUAUCUAGUCUCUCCCACGCCAGGUCUCAUUUCUGGGCAACUAUAUGCGAGGGCUUGAAGCAGGUGGUUCCAUGGGGGAAUAGGAAGCUGAAGAAAGAUAGGGAUAGGAUUGUGAUUUAGACUUGCCAUUGUCCACUGCUGCUCGCUUCUCUGCGCUCUGCAAGCUUUAUCUUGUUUAUUUACGGAAACAUAUCUGGGCUCUAGCAAAGCAAUUGAUUGUAGAACAUACCGAUACCGGUGAAUGUGCAAAGGAAGUACUUUGGAGUGCUCUUUAUUUGUAUGAGUUUCCAUCUUAAUCUUAAUCCUAUGAAUUUUAGUUUGUUCUCAAA